GGUGGCUCUCAUUCGAAGGCGACGGCGGUCGUCUAUUUGGGCUUGUAAUCUUCAGCAAGACAAGUUAACGUGAAAGGCUCUUUACUUUGACACACUUUUAGCCUGGGAAUUUUUCUUAUUCGUUUCGGUCGAGGUUGCGACAAGGACUGGAAUGUCGGGGUGUGCCAAGAAUUUGAAUUAGCUUGCUAUUAGUUUGAAGAAAGAGGGAGUCGGGGUAGAGAGGCCAUUUUGUCCCGACUGUGUGGGAGAAAGAAAGAGUGGAAAAGAGGAAUCACUCGGGAAGAGAUACUUUUUUUUGCUUUCUGUUCUAAUACCGUAGGGGAAAGAGUCGGACAUCGGAAAUAAACGCCACUCUCUGGAUCCUGUUCUGACACAUUUGGGUGGUAUUUAGCCGACUAGCUCCCUUGGCUAAUCAACUCCUCUGAAUCGCACAGUCAAGUGACACGGAGCGAGCGCGCAGUGAGCUAGCUGAGGAGGAGCUGGCGCGAGACCCCGCAUCAACGUGUGACAUCGUUCCCCGUGUUUGAUCCGGUCAACACAUCGUCUACCGAUGGCGAAGAAGACGUACGACCUGCUGUUCAAGCUGCUGCUGAUCGGAGACUCGGGCGUGGGGAAGACGUGUGUGCUGUUCCGCUUCUCUGACGACGCCUUCAACACCACCUUCAUCUCCACCAUAGGUAUCGAUUUCAAGAUCAAAACCGUUGAAUUGCAAGGAAAAAAGAUCAAACUACAGAUAUGGGACACAGCCGGCCAGGAGCGGUUCCACACCAUCACCACCUCCUACUACAGAGGAGCCAUGGGCAUCAUGCUGGUCUACGACAUCACCAACGCCAAGAGCUUCGAAAACAUCAGCAAAUGGCUGCGCAAUAUCGAUGAGCACGCGAACGAGGACGUGGAGAGAAUGCUGCUAGGCAACAAGUGUGACAUGGAGGACAAGAGGGUGGUACCAAAGGCCAAGGGAGAGCAGAUCGCCCGGGAGCACGGCAUUAGGUUUUUCGAGACAAGUGCCAAGGCCAACAUCAACAUUGAGAAGGCUUUCCUGACGUUAGCAGAAGACAUCCUCAGAAAGACGCCUGUAAAAGAGCCCAACAGUGAAAAUGUGGACAUCAGCAGUGGGGGCGGAGUCACAGGCUGGAAGAGCAAGUGCUGCAGUUGAACAGCUCACCUGUCUCACUUGCACACAGCACGCACACGUCGCACGUACCCACUCACCCACCCAUCUACACACACUAACACACAUGCCUAUAUGUACAUCCCCUCUUUCUCUUUUUCUAACCGCUAUCUCUUCUAACUCUUCUCACUCGCGAACCUAUCUCUUGAGUUCUACACUCACACACACACUCACACACGCAUUCACACGCACCUACACACAAACACACCGCACACAAACACACACACACACACCCUCUCUCUGUGUCUCUGUCUCAAGAAAAAACGACGGUAAAUCCAUCUGUCCCUCGUCCCUUCCCAUUGUUUCACUCUCCACUGCUCUCGGAUCACUUUUAUUCUCAAUGAAAAGUCCUGUCAUGUCAUGUUUCUUGUCAUUUGUUUUUAAGGUUGCAAAAAAAGUACAAUAAUGAGUGUGUGAAAAGAUUAGCUCACAUUUUUAACCUUCCUUUGCCUGAGCUCCCAUGAAUGGACCCUUCCCCUCCCCCCUCUUGUUUCCUGAACACUCACUUUCAUCCAAAGGAAUACGAGAAAUAAAAUUAAAAAAAAAAAAUGAAAUUACACAAAAAAUUACAAAUGUAUUAUUAACAUUUUGUACACUAGUGGGGUUUCUGUUGUUUAACCGUAUUUGGUCAUAUUAAGAUUUGUUACCAAGUGACAGAGACGUGGCGAGCUCCUUUUUGUAUGUGGGGUUUAUUUUGUCCUGUGCCUUAUAUGGAUGACAGGGGCGGGGCUGUGUGGUGGGCGGAGCCACAUCCACCGAAUGAAAUUACGAUUUAAUCUGUUCUGGUUCCAUCCCUUCCUCGUGAAGCAGAACUGAGGCAGAAGCGUUUGAAUUUCUCCUCCAGCUAAGAGAACGUCAUGUGUCCUGUUUAUUUUUUUUAUUUUUUCUCUACAGCGUAUGUUUUCACUUCCCUUUUUGGGUUACUUCUGUUUCUUUGGUUUUUGUUUUCCUGCAUGCAGAUUUCUUUGGUUUGGAAGCCUUGCUGUAGAGUUUCUUUUUUUUUUAUUUUGCCACUUUGUUAUCUGUGGGCGGGAGGUCCAAAAAGUUCUCUUUGGAAA